GAAGCCAGCAAUAACAUUAAGUUUUAAAAAGGGUACCAAAUGGCUAGCAUAUGGUAUUAAUACACUUGUAGGCAAAGAAUUUAAAACCAAAAAGUUGGUUUUAUUUACUUUGCUUAUAGUGAAAUGAAAAUAUUCAGCAGAAAUUGUAAUUUUUUUAGCAUAAUAUUAUUUUAUUACUAGUUCUAAUUUGUUUAGGAAUUUGUCUAAUUUGUUUAAGAAUUCUAAUUUGUUUAAGAAAGUUUAUUGUGAGUGUUAUUAUAUUAAAAAUAAAAACUUUUGUAAAAAUGCUCGAUGGUGUCAAGUGGCAUUAACCACCUGUCACGAAUGGCCAGUAAUGUUACAACUCCUAGCUGUUUUUCUUUAUCUUUUCCAAACCUCGUUUUCCAAUUCAGCUGCAGGAACGUCGCUUGUUCGCGUGUCGUGUCAUGUUUGUUUAUGUUAUUGUUUAAAAUAUUUUACACUAUUUAUCUUAGCUACUUAUUAACUAGUCGUGCUCUUUUAGCAGCGUUACUGUAUAUUUCGUGUAAUGCGGGGAAUUGAAGCGUAAAGAAAAGCGGAGAUGUCUAGUUUUUCUGAAAGUGCCCUAACCAAGAAAUUGGGAGAACUCAAUAAUUCCCAACAAAGCAUACAGACAUUGUCUUUGUGGGUGAUUCACCAUCGAAAGCACGCAAGAACAAUUGUACAAGUAUGGCAGACAGAGUUAAUUAAAGCGAAAAUUGAUAAAAAGCUUACGUUCCUGUAUUUAGCAAACGAUGUCAUACAAAAUAGUCGCAAAAAGAGCACAGAGUUUACAAAAGCAUUUGGAGGAGUUUUAAUAACGGCCUUCACACAUGUUGCAAAGCAUGCUGAUGGUAAAACUAAGUCAGCAAUUGAAAGAAUGCUCAGUAUAUGGGUUGAAAGAAGUGUAUAUGAAGCUGAUUACAUAAAACAAAUCAGUCAAUCUGUGAAUAAAGUAUUGAGAACAAAAAAUUCAAAAGACUUGGUGGUAGUUGGUGAAAAAGCAAAAGAAAACGCAAAAAUAAAACAGGAAGAAAAAGAUUUUGAACCCUUGUUAAAAAAAAGUCGGUUAGAUGAACUGAUACAUCAAACAGAAGAUGAUGAUUAUCUUACAUUGUCUCCUCGCGAUCCUCCUGAUGCAGAUGAGCUUGCUAAAGUCCUCAUGGAGCUGGAAAACUCCGCAUCCAGUGAUGCAGUUGUAAGAGAGAAGAUAGCUAGCCUUCCUCCUGAGGUGCAGGAUGUUUCUCGCCUUGAAAGAAUCACGGAUCGAGAAACUGCUGACCGCCUCUCUACCACUGUAGAUGAGGCUUGCUUGCUGCUAGCAGAGUACAACGGACGUUUAGUUGCCGAGAUUGAUGACCGUAGACAAGUUGCAAGAAUGCUGGCCGAUUUUGUUCGACAACAGAAAAGUCUUCUGCAAGAAUCUGAACAAAAACUCGCUAAUUAUCGAGAAAAACUGGCAAAGGUGUCUGAAGUCCGAAAAGAGCUAAAAUCUCACAUUCAAAACUUACCAGAUUUGACAAUGCUACCGAGUGUCACUGGUGGACUUGCCCCUCUUCCUUCUGCUGGUGACUUGUUUAAUUAAACAAGUUUUUAAGAUUUUAUGCUUCCUAACAUACCUGUCUCUGCCAUUUUGUAUAUCAUGUCAACCAAACUCAACUACCGCAAUUUACAGUGCUGCUUUUUCCAAGCAGUGUAAAAGUAAAAAAAAAUGAAUUUCAUUCCAAAUUAGAAAUUCCGCAGACCAUUUGUAGAAUACUUUCAUUUUUUUAAAAACCAAUGUUUAAUUUCUUUUUCCUCCAACAUGAACAUGGUUUUCAAUUAAACUUAAUUGUACCAUAUUGUUUCA